AUGCAUAUCCAGACUAUUCCUAUGUGGACGGGGAAGAGCAAUAAUUAUGCUUACCUCGUCACUGAUGAGCCUACAAAACAAUCCGUUAUCAUCGAUCCGGCACAUCCUGAGGAAGUGAUUCCGGUGUUGAAGUCUGAAGAGGCUGCUGGAAAGGCCAAGGUGACUGCGAUUGUCAACACUCAUCACCAUUGGGACCAUGCUGGUGGCAAUGAUGGGAUUCUCAAAGAAUUCCCUCAUCUCCAAGUCGUCGGCGGCGCAAACUGCCAAUCAGUCUCAAAAACGCCCACCCACGGCGAAACAUGGAAGAUUGGCGAGCGCAUCAACGUGAAAGCUCUCCAUACUCCAUGCCAUACGCAGGAUAGUAUAUGCUAUUUCCUGGAGGAUGGGGAUCAGCGUGCUGUUUUUACUGGUGAUACUUUGUUUACUGGAGGAUGUGGACGUUUCUUCGAAGGUGAUGCUGCUCAGAUGAACAAGGCUCUCAAUGAGACGCUUGCAUCUUUGCCAGAUGACACCAAGGUCUACAGCGGCCAUGAAUACACCACGUCGAAUGUGAAUUUCCUCCUUACUAUAUCAAACUCCGAUGCGAUCAAGAAGCUUCAAGCUUUUGCAGAGAGCAAUAAACAGACACAGGGUAUUCUCACUAUUGGGGAUGAAAAGGCCCACAAUGUCUUUAUGAGACUCAGCGAUCCCGAUGUUCUCAAAGCGACAGGAAAGAAAGACCCUGUGGAGGUCAUGGCUGCUCUGAGAGAGUUGAAGAAUGCUAUGUAA